AUAUCAUGGCUAACUGCAUAGUGAACCAUCAAGAGCGACAGCUUCGUUACUCUCAGAUCGAUAUCGAGAUCGCUACUCACGUCGAGGUCAUACGAAAGCUCUACACUCGUCGGAACAUGCUGUCGCCCCUCUGCUCCUUCCCAGCUGAAGUUCUCUCCGAAAUCUUCACGUUCUGUGUUCCACUCUCCGACUUUGUCCGCAUCCGCUCACGUCAGCUCCUCGAUCUCACUCAUGUGUGUAGACGCUGGCGGGAGAUAGCCUUGGAUUUUCCACGUCUCUGGUCUUCAGUCGAUGUGGGAGUCCUGUCGAAGCAACUCGUCUUGGCUAUGCUGGAAAGAGCGCGGGAAUCCCCAAUCAUUUUGGAGGUAUUCGUCGCACCCACAGAUCACUCUCGCGAUUUGGGAUGUGCUGACGAUUUGGAGCUUACGAACGAUUUGGAGCUUUUGAAAACCGUUUUCUCGCGGCUUCAUCAGAUAUGCGAGCUGUCUGUCGAUUUCCCCCCAUCUUAUGCUAGGACUCUUGCGGAAUAUCUUUCAUCAUCUACUCCUAUUCUUCAAGAACUUACUCUUGUCGCAGAGCCACCGGUCCUUGUUCCUCUUUCGCAACCCUUACCAGAUAGCAUGCCUCGAUUAGACGUUUUAACCCUCACAUCAUGUGCAUUCCCUUGGGAUUCUCCUAUAUAUGGAAGAUUGACACAACUUCACCUUGCCUGUCUAUUGGACGACCUAUCCCCUACUCCAGAAGAGUUGUGGAUUACUCUUCAAAGCGCCACUUCCCUUGAGGUACUAACAGUCGAUUGGUGCUUUGGCCAACUAGACGCACAGCCGGCAGCGUGGGACACACCAAAACUCUUGGACCUCCCAAGAAUCAAAUAUAUAAGAAUGGAUGAAGCCUUCCUAUCAUACGUCAACUUCUUUUCACGCGUUCGCAUCCCCCCAUACGCCCAUCUGUCAAUUUCCUCAUUACUUGCCGUCGAGGACACAGAGUUUACACCACCCGAUUUCCCCCCGAUUUCCCCUGAUUUCCUCUCCAUUCACCGCGCUGAGCAAGGGAUAUCUUGCAAUACCCUCCAAAUCAAACUCGACAAAAUCAGCUUCGAGUGCUCUAUUCACGACGGGAGUCUCGACCACGAAUACAAGUGCAACCAUGGCGAUAGUAUCUGGGAUAAGUGCCGCGUAUUCCUGGACCACAAAAUCGCGUACGAGGGGGGCGAGACCAUUCCCAUCAGCCCAUUUCGGUCCCUUUGCUAUAACUCGCCCCUCUUCUCCAUCCAUACAGCUGAACUUAUCGUAACUCAGGACUAUCUUGGGGACAUUCCAUGGUGCGACAUCUUCAUUGCCCUUCCCCGCAUGCAGUGUCUCCGUGCGACUCUCACUAGCACAAUACUCCGCCAAAUGUUCGAGACGCUCAACCCUCGUUCGGGAGCUCUUCAUGUCUCCCAGCUUCGUGAAAUGUCCUUGAAGGGUGGCGGAAAUCCCCGGAAUCCAAAACGUCUGGGCGAAUGCAUUGCGGAUGCUCUCGAGCAACGUUCAUUGGUGGGAACAGUGUUGGAUAAGCUGACAGGGAAGGGGAUUUACUUGCCCGAACCAUACUUUUCGAAGGUGGAGUGCGUGGUCAAGGAUAUUAAAGGGUUCUCAGGGAUUGACUCGUACGCAGUAUGAAGUGGUCAUGUAUAAUGCCAUUAAUGUACCUUUUGGCUCAUGUAGUUAUUUCCAGAGUCAUGUGUCGAUAGUUGAACAAUGAGGCAUUACAAGUGGC